GCUCCCACCAUCGGUACCUCCGCUCUGCCCCGCCUUGUCUUCGCCGUCUGCGACGCUACAGAAUGCCCAGUGCUGCUGGAAGCGUGUUGUGGCUACGCAGUGCCCCUGGAACGCUGUCAUGGCGCGUUCGCUGCUCCACGCCCUGGCCGCCGACUGUCUUGUAUAAGAGAGGGCCCUUGUUCGGCUGCCCCACGAUCCCUACGUCUCUUGCUGUCGACCGCCGUUUGCCCUGGCGACGCUUCCUGUCCUGACUGAACCAUCAUGCUCGCGGCUAUAUUCCUCUUCCAUCUUGUCGGACAAGAGACGUCCUCGUCAUAUACGGCAGCGGGAAGUGCGUGGUUCGGCGUAUGGGGCUAUUGCAUCUCGCCAGUCGAUGUCUCGGUUCUGGGCACCAACGUUGACACCGCGGCGUCGUGUUCCAAGGCCCAGCUUGGGUAUGACCUCAACCAGAACAUUCUGACGGAGAUCGGUGCGAGUGCUCUACAUCUGAACACCAACACAAUCAACAAAGCUACCAGCGCCGUGCUCGUUCUGCACCCUAUUGCUACGGGCUUCGCGUUCCUUGCCCUGGUCUCGUCGCUCUUCAUGGUCCAUCGGCGGCCCGGCAGCGGCCUCUCCCGCGGCGCAUCAGUCCUUGCACUCAUCUCGGGCAUUCUAGCCGCGCUGCUCGCAACUGUGGUCUUCCUCAUCGAUGUCAUCUUCGUCGCGGUAGUCCGCCACCGCGUGCGCAGCGAGUCUGGCGGGGCGUUUAGCCUGACCUGGGGAAAUGCCGUGUGGAUGGCGCUCGGCGCGACAAUUGCUCUCUGGAUAGCUCUCGUCGGUGUCUCUGCAGACGUCUGUUGUGGGCGGAGAUAUAGGACGAAAACUGCCGCGUACUAAGUGUGACGCUCCAUACAUGAGCCGCCGGUAGCGUCUGUGAGACAAUGUUCUAUCCUCUGCCAUAUGACCUACCUCCACAUGGAACUUGUAUUAGACAGGACGGCUCCGACUGACUGCCCUUUACGCCAUCGCUUAUCUGCGGACACUUUCUUGAUGUUCUUACUACACUCCCACCAUGUAUUUGUAUCACAUACCGAUUAGCGUACUCCCCGGACGUAUACGAAACGGCUUCAACACUUCAA